AUGUCUUCUCGAUCGGGGACGACCCUAUAUGUCACCGGCUUUGGCCACGGCACCCGAGCCCGCGAUCUUGCCUACGAAUUCGAACGUUACGGUCGUCUCGUUCGCUGCGAUAUCCCAGCUCCCCGCACACCUUCUAGUCGACUAUUCGCCUUUGUCGAAUACGAGAGCCGUCGCGAUGCAGAUGAUGCAUACCACGAGAUGCACAACAAGCGCAUUGGACGCGACGACCUCCUGAAAAUUGAGUGGGCACGCACACCCCCCUCGGCCUCUUGGAGAUUUGAUUCCGGCCCUGGCCGUGAACGCACAGGUCGUCGUGAGCGCACUCCUCCCCGCCGUGGUCGCUCUCCGUCUCCCCGUCGCAGCAGAGGAGAUUAUUCUCCCCGCCGAGACGAUCGAUAUGAGCGUGACCACGAUCGUCCCGCCGCCGAUCGGGAUUACGAGCGCCGUGAUCGUGACCGUGACUAUGAGCGCCGUGAUCGCGAUGGUGAUCGUCGUGACCGUGACCGUGAACGUUCUCGUGAUCGUUCCCGCAGCCCCGAAGACCGCGAGCGCGAUACUAAAGAGGAACGUCGCGAGGAUGACCGGGAGCGCCGCGAGGAUGACCGGGAACGCCGCGAAGAUGAUCGGGAGCGUCGCGAGGAAGAGCCUGUUACCAAUGGCGAAGACAGGAAAGUACCCCUGGACCCCGUUCCCUCUGCUCACGAUGAGCUUGAUACUGCUGAGUAG